AUGGAUGGUCCGUUUAAAAAGGGUGAAUACUCUUUACCACAGUCUGCUGGUGGAAAUUGCUUAAAAAGACAUUUUAAUUAUUCUUGCCAUCUACCAAAUGCAGAACAAGCAGAAAAGAUCCUUACGGAAGCAAAUUAUACUGUCUUUAGAGAUAAAAUAUUUUACAGUUACCAUACGACUUAUCAUCGAUGUGUUGGUGACACUUUGUCUGAUUUUAAGACGGCUCCAUACAGUCCCGAAUUUUGGCUUCUCCAUAGCUUUCUCGACAAACUUUGGGUGGAAUGGAAAAAAAACAACAAAGGUAGUAAAACAGGUUUAUCAAAUGUUAGCGAUUUUAUGCUUGAGACUGGAUACUAUCCUUGGGAAUAUCUUGAUGAGGACCACUUACCUGGAGACGUGAAAGUGCUAUAUGAGGAAUGA